AUACUCUUCACACAACAAUGGAUGACCUUUUCGACGUGUUUAGCGAGGUGCCAGUGGCACCACCAGUCCUAGUGGAAACCAAGGAGCAUGUCACAUCCCCAGUGGAAACCAAGAAACGCGCGGCGUCCCCUGUGCCGGACGUCACCAAGAAGAGCAAGACAGAGCACACAAUCUCCAACGACCUUUUGAAGCAGAAAGGCCAGCAAAAGGAAACCAUCAAACCGGUUGUCGUUGAUGCCGUAGAGAUUGAAGCAUCCCGUGAGGUUGUGGCCUCCUCUGGGCUCCUCGGAAGAACCGAGGAAGGCGAGGCGCCGGUCAAGUUGAAGCACCAGGUCAGACACCAAGUGGCCGUUCCGCCAGACUAUCCAUAUAUCCCGAUCGGGCAGCACAAGAGAGAAAAGGAUGCCAAGUCGUACCCGUUCACAUUGGAUCCGUUCCAGGACACCGCUGUGUCGUGCAUCGAUCGUAACGAGUCGGUUUUGGUGUCUGCGCAUACCUCCGCUGGUAAGACGGUGGUGGCCGAGUACGCAAUUGCGCAGGCGUUGCGCGAUAAGCAGCGUGUGAUCUACACGUCGCCGAUCAAGGCGUUGAGUAACCAGAAGUACCGUGAGUUGUUGAAGGAGUUUGGCAACGUGGGUUUGAUGACCGGUGACGUCACGAUUAAUCCCGACGCCGAUUGUUUGGUUAUGACGACCGAGAUUUUGCGCUCCAUGUUAUACCGCGGGUCCGAGGUGGUGCGGGAGGUUGCGUGGGUCAUCUUCGACGAGGUCCACUACAUGCGUGACAAGGAGAGAGGGGUUGUUUGGGAGGAGACGAUGAUUUUGCUCCCGGACAACGUGCAUUACGUGUUUCUUUCCGCGACAAUUCCGAAUGCGUUGGAGUUUGCCGAGUGGAUUGUCAAGAUCCACCGCCAGCCGUGCCACGUGGUGUACACGGACUUCCGUCCGACACCGUUACAGCACUAUCUCUUCCCGGCCAACGGAGACGGGAUCCACUUGGUGGUGGAUGAAAAGAGCGUUUUUCGCGAGGAAAACUUUCAGAAGGCGAUGGCGUCGAUCAGCGACAAGAUGGGUGAUGAUCCUAGCUCCGAUAAGGCCAAGGGCAAGAAGGGUCAGGCCUACAAGGGCGGCAAUAAGGACGGGAAGUCCGACAUCUACAAGAUUGUCAAGAUGAUCUGGAUGAAAAAGUACAACCCGGUGAUUGUCUUCUCCUUCAGUAAGCGUGACUGCGAGGCGUUGGCGUUGAAGAUGUCCAAGUUGGACUUCAACACCGAGGAGGAGCGUGACGCCCUCACCAAGAUCUUCAACAAUGCGAUUAACAUCUUGCCCGAGCAGGACAAGGAGUUGCCGCAAAUCAAGAACAUUCUUCCGCUCUUGCGCCGCGGUAUCGGUAUCCACCACUCCGGGUUGUUACCGAUUCUCAAGGAAAUCAUCGAAAUUUUGUUCCAGGAGGGUUUCUUGAAGGUGCUUUUCGCGACCGAGACAUUUUCGAUCGGUCUUAAUAUGCCCGCCAAGACGGUUGUUUUCACGUCUGUGCGUAAGUGGGACGGGAAGGGCUUCCGCUGGGUCUCCGGUGGCGAGUACAUCCAGAUGUCCGGGAGAGCCGGGCGCCGUGGUUUGGACGACAGAGGUAUCGUAAUCAUGAUGAUCGACGAGAAGAUGGAGCCACAGGUGGCCAAGGGCAUGGUCAAGGGUGUGGCCGAUCGUUUGGACUCCUCGUUCCACUUGGGCUACAACAUGAUCUUGAAUCUCUUGAGAGUCGAGGGGAUCUCGCCCGAGUUCAUGUUGGAGAACUCGUUCUUCCAGUUCCAGAACGCCGCGUCCGUUCCGGUCUUGGAAACCAAGCUCGAGGAGCUCGAAACGUCCGUGGGAGCCAUCACCAUCGAAGACGAGGGCUCCGUCAGAGAGUACUACGACUUGAAGCAGCAGUUGAACACGUACUACGCGGAUAUCCGCCACGUCAUUACCCACCCUGGCCACAUUCUUCCGUUCUUGCAGGCGGGCCGUGUCAUCCAGGUGAAGAUUGGCGAGUUCGACUACGGUUGGGCGAUCGUCACGGCGUUUACCAAGAGAAACAGCAAGCGCAAUCCGGGCCAGGUCUACAGCGACCACCAGUCAUACAUCGUGGAGGUGCUCGUUUCCAGCAUGUUUGUGGAUGCUCCGAUGAAUUUGGUCAAGCCGUUCAACCCGGAGUUCCCGGUGGGGAUCAGACCGGCAAAGGAAGGGGAGGCGACCAGGACUGAGAUCAUUCCAAUCACAUUGGAAUCCAUUGCCGCGGUCGGUAACAUGCGUAUCCACACCCCGCAAGAUGUCAAGUCGGCCAAGUCCAAGCAGAUGAUGGGCAAGGCACUCGCGGAGGUUGCCAGACGCUAUCCCGACGGUGUCCCAACGUUGGACCCAAUUGAAAACAUGCACAUUGAGGAUGACGAGUUCAGGAAGUUGACCCGCAAGGUGGAGAUUUUGGAGUCGAAGUUGCACUCGAAUCCUCUUGCGGAGUCACCGAGACUCGCAGAGCGCUACGCGGAGUACGCCGCCAAGACCGCGCAAAUGGCAGAGAUCAAGAGUGUCAAGGGCCAAAUUAUCGACGCCCAGGCCGUGAUCCAGUUGGACGAUCUCAAGAAGCGUAAGCGAAUCUUGCGUCGUCUCGGCUUCACCACCCAAACGGAUGUCAUUGAGUUGAAGGGGAGAGUCGCCUGCGAGAUCUCCACUGGUGAUGAGCUCUUAUUGACAGAGUUGAUUUUCAACGGUACAUUGAACGAGUUGACCCCUGAGCAGAAUGCCGCAUUACUCUCGUGCUUCGUGUUUCAGGAGCGUUCCAAAGAGACACCGCGGUUGAAGCCAGAGUUGGCCGAGCCGUUAAAGUCGCUCCAGGAGAUGGCUUCCAAGAUUGCCAAGGUCUUUAAGGACUCCAAGUUGGAGAUUGUCGAGAAGGAGUAUGUCGAGUCAUUCAGAUCAGAGUUGAUGGAGGUGGUUUUCUCUUGGUGCCAGGGCGCUACCUUUACCCAGAUCUGCAAGAUGACCGAUGUUUAUGAGGGUUCGUUGAUCAGAAUGUUCAAGCGUUUGGAAGAGUUGUUGAGACAGCUAGUUGUGGCCGCCAAGACCAUUGGUAAUGUCGCCUUGGAGGAGAAGAUGGAGAAGGCGUUGACCUUGGUUCAUAGAGAUAUUGUCUCCGCUGCGUCCUUGUACCUCGAGUAGAACCUGGUGCCUGAGAUGUUGGUACCUUAGGAAUCUUUCUUGAGUGUACUUUGUGUAUUAUAUUUAAAUUCAUGUUACAACUAUGUCAUAGCUUUUUGAGGGUCGAAAUCUCGGUUGAUUAAAGUAAUCUGAGGUGUAUUUAUGCCAAUGUUACAAAACCGAUGUAGGCAAGCUCUCGGUCUAAAUAAUUUAUAUCAUAAAUCAAUAUCGU